GUUUGCGUGCAUCUAUGGCGGUUUCACAAACAUAAAGCCAAGCACCAUUCCGCAUUCUCUGUAGGUAUUGUUGGUGCCGGUAGCCGUUGCUGCAGCGGAAGACGUGGUCGGGAAUUUGUAAUGUGGCUUUCGGAGCUUGGUUAGGACGUGAGAGCGUGUAUUUUUGCUGUGAAGCGACGAUCUGAGGUGUGGGCUCGUAGAGUGGCUGAGAGGAGCGUUCUUGUGCCUGUACAUUGUGAGGUUCACAGGCAGGGGAGGGAGCAGACGACUGCAAGGAGAUGGUGCGAUGACAGGGAGGUGCAGAAUUACAGCGUUGGAUGGAAGCUGUAAUUCCACUGUUGCUGUUAGAGAUUCGUGACAUUACUCGGUUGUGUUGCUUCUAAAAGAAGCUCCCUCUGAUUCACAGAGUCUGCGCCUUGGAGGCUGUCGAGAAGUACCGCAUUAUUGGUGUUCUGUAGAUGAAGCUGAAUUUUCUCUUAUACUUCAGUUCUGCGAUUAUAUCCAUUGUGACCUUGGGCACCUUAGAAUUGCUAGAAGUAGCUCACUGAAUCUGGUGAUUUAGUUGGUUACUCUCGCCUCUCUCUUCGUACGUCGGUAUUCUACAGCAGUCCCUGCUGUUCGCAAAUGACACCUUGUCUCUUUAGUUUUAGGAGGAUUAUUACAAGUCGGUUGCAGCACAAGGUAGCUUAGUUUAGUUCUUUUUGGUGAUGUAUUUAAGGUUUCUGUAUCUCCAGGAUUGGCUCUCUAGAUUUCUUACUAGUUGAGCUCGUGUGGGACAUUGAAGUGUCACAGUAAUCGAGUUGCUUUUAUGAUUUUCGUUACAUUACAGCUUGGCUUUCUCAAUCUAAGUUUUGCAGAUAGCGAUGUGAACCUUCAAACUUCAGCAUCAUUCGCAAGAACACAAAUGUUACCCGUUUAGAUGCACUCCAUAACUUUACUCGAUUAAUAUUGUGCAUGAUGACAGCUUCUAUCCAGGAAUCAAGUCCUGUAAAACCGAUCUGUCUUUUUAUCUAGGGACCUCUGCUAAUCCAACUCAGCAUGGUUUUAUUCCUCAACCUCCUAAACGACUCUGGUCAAGUUCACGCGAAAUCUAUAAGAGGGAAGAUGGAAACGUUGUAAAUAUGGCUCGCUAGUCGCACAGUGGUGAAGGCUUUGAUACCUGCAGUGAUGGGGAAUCAAUUUACACGUGUUCUUUUCAAGAAGAAAAAGUGCGACGAGAAGUCGAAUCAACGAUCCAUUAGAGGUUUUCUGGAUGAACAGUCAAUCAAGGACCAGGCAUUGGCCAUGGCAAAACAUGAAUUUUAUAUGACUACUUUUAGUUCGCAGGCCAAAAUGUUAAAAGAUACUGCUAUUGAGCCCCCGAGGCAUAGCUACUCUGGGACGGGUAACCAUGGAAGGAUCGAGGGUACAAGAAGCUACAGUAGUCAAGUUCGUAGAGACAUUGAUUCCUUGCUCGAUCCCAUACAAUCAAUGCAUCUGAGAAAGGUUAUCUGAAAAUUUUCUUGCUUCUUAAUGUGUCAAGUCGGGCAAAUUAUUUUUUUAACAGGUUCCUGCCCAAGUGAAUCCAAUGUCAAUAUGAGCGUAUACUUUUCGGCAGCAUGUUUUGAUAUCGUUUCAAAAAUUCUCCAUUUGCUAUGCGCGGGAGAUGAUUCUGUGCAGUCAAGUUCCUGCACCUGUUGGUACCACUGAUCUUUGGUCUCGCAUAUUCGUAUGUGACAAAAAUUCUAAAUAUAAAUGGCUGAACUCCUUAUAUUUCAGGAAGAUUCAUGGAUGUAAACCUGGAAAGCAGGCACUUCGUCUUGGUUCAUGGGGGUGGCCUUGGAGCAUGGUGUUGGUACAAAUCAAUAUCUUUGCUGGAGGACUCCGGGUUCAAAGCCACUGCCUUUGACCUACUUGGAUCUGGCAUCGACCCUACGGACCCCAAUCGUAUUACAAGUCUUGCACAAUAUUUAAAACCACUUUUGGAGCUCUUAAAGAGACUCGGAUCAUCUGAUGGUCAUGAGAAGGUGAUUCUCGUCGGCCACAGUAUAGGGAGUGCAUGCAUCUCACAUGCGAUGGAGUGCUUUCCAGAGCUGAUUUCGAAGGCCAUCUUCGUUUCAGUAACUUUGAUUAGUAAUAAUCAAAGCGCCUUCGAUAUUCUCGCAAAGCAUGUUCAAUCCCCAGAAACCCUCAUGGCAAAGGCUCAGGUUCUCAUCUAUGGGAAUGGAAGAAGGAAGCCACCUACAGCUAUUACAUUUGACAAGAACUUAACGGAAGGUCUUUUCUUCAAUACCUGCCCAGCAAAGGAUGUAGCCUUGUCAACUCAUUCAAUGAGACCAACUCCUUUUGCUCCUACAAUGGAGAAGCUCUCCCUGACACACUUGAAUUACGGCACAGUGCGGCGAUUCUACAUCUCAACGACUGCAGAUCAAGCCUUCCCGUUUCCAGCCCAACUUGUACUGAUUGAAGAGAAUCCUCCUGAGCGCGUGUACACCUUAAGAGAUAGUGACCACUGCCCUUUCCUCUCCAAACCACAAUCUCUUCACAGGGUUUUACUUAGGAUUGCCCAUCUCAAUGAGAAAUGUUAAUAUCUCAUUGCAACGACAAAGAUGACUUGCCGAGGAUUAUUGUUAAUACAUGGAUGCGCCUUCCUCA